AUGGCGAAUAAUGCUAUUCCAAGAGAUUUUUUGAAGAAUGUUUUGAAUAAUGGUGUAGGUCGAUACGUCUGUCAGCUACAGAGGAUAACGUUCAGGUUUUGUAAAUCUCAUGGAUCCAGCAGAUUCAUGCGAGAUUUCAUUGAGAAUCAUUUGCUUGACUUCACUCAGAAGCACCCUGGUGUUGUGGUCUACCUGCAACCAAGACGUCAUAAACCCCCAUCAAUUGUCGCAGAAUUUUUGAAUGGUCGAAGAGAGGCAAUGGGCAUGAGUGGAAAACAGCCUCUUGAGAUCUGCAAGUGGACUGAACAUAUGCGCACUAGGUCAGGGGUCGAAAUUGUCAACCUGGUCAAGAACUUGCACACAGACAACCCCAGUACACAAGGGAUAUGGCAUCCUUUCACAUUUGCCGACCCAGCGUUAGCAGCCACUAAAUUUCCAAGUGAUCAGCAGUCAAAAAUUCUUGUCAAAGGAAAAACUGCUACAGACUUUGUCCUUGAAGAAUUUAAUGCAAAGAAGCAAGCAGGAAACAAGUCGGAUGUCUCUGCUGGCAACAAGCCAGAUCAUUAA